AUGGAAACCAUAAAAUCAAAAACCGAAACUUAUUUACAUGACGUCUUGUCAAAUAGGUCUGCACCAAGACUCAUCGAUCCAAAUCGAAAUGAUGGAGAUGAAGCAUUAUUAAAUCAAAUUGGAUAUAAACAAGAAUUAAGAAGACAUUAUUCUACUUUUGAAACAUUUGGAAUUGCUUUCUCAAUUAUGUCAUUAUUACCAUCGAUUGCAUCUAUUUUACCAAUUUUACUUGAAAGUGGAUUACUUGGAUGUUGGUUAAGUUGGUUAAUAUCUUCAAUAUUUAUAUUACUGGUUGGAUUUGGACUUUCAUUUCUUGGCUCCUCAAUUCCAACUUCUGGUGGCUUGUAUUAUUACACAAAUUAUUAUAGUCCAGAUUCAAUAAGAGUUCCAUUAUCAUUUUUUAUAGGUUGUGCCAAUUCAUUAGGUUUAAUAGCUGGGGCUUGUGGGAUCAAUUAUGGUUUUGCAGUUCAAGUUUUAUCAGCAGUAUCAAUACAACAGGAUGGAAAAUUUGAAGUAACAGAUGCUAAAUGUUAUGGAGUUUUCGCUGCUAGUGUGAUUUCCACUGUUAUUGUUGCUUCAUUAGCUACUAAACAAUCAGCUAAAUUACAAGCAGUAUCUGUUUACUUGAAUGUAUUUUUAGUUAUGUUAUUUGUAAUUGCUGUUCCCAUUGGUUACUCAAGAAAUCAUAAUUUUAAUUCUAGAGAAUUGAUAUUUUCAGAUUUAACUAAUUACAGAGAUUGGCCUAUUGGAUGGAGUGUUUGUUUAAGUUUGUUAGGAGCUGUGUGGGUUAUUGGAGCAUUUGAUUCAGUCAUUCAUUGUUCGGAAGAGUGUAAAAGCCCACAGAGGCUGACACCUAUUGGAAUUCUUGGCCUGAUUGGUUUGUGUGGAGUGCUUGGUCUCAUAAUAGUUACAAUUAUUGUCUUGUGUGUUAAAGAUGGUGAUGUUGGAAGACUUUUGGAAUCCAGUUCUGGUUCAUGUAUGGCUCAGAUAAUAUAUGAUGCGUUGGGGAAGAAAUGGUGUGUGGCAUUUAUGUCGUUGAUAGCUCUUGGCCAAUAUUUUAUGAGCGCAUCCAUAACCAUUGUGGAAGCAAGGAUGAUAUGGUCAUUCAAUAGGGAUUGUCAAGGCUUCAUAGCUGAAUAUCUCAAGUUUGUUGAUCCGAAACUAAGGGUACCUGUUAGAUCUACCAUAUUCGCUGGUGUCAUUACUUUAUUAAUAGGAUUACUUGUUUUGAUUGGUCCAGCUGGUUCAAAUGCUUUAUUUAGUUUAGGAAUAUGCUCAAAUAGUCUUGCAUUUUUAGUUCCUAUUUUAUUAGUUCUUUUGCCUUAUGGUAGAAAGAAGUUUAUCCCUGGUCCAUUCUGGUUUUAUAAUCCUUUAUCUUAUGGUAUAAUGGCUACAGCAGUAGCAUGGUUAUUAUUUGUCAUCAUGAUGUGUUUAUUUCCCGAUAAUAAGAAAGUUGAUAAGGAAACAAUGAAUUAUACUGUUGUUAUUAAUGUUGGAACUUGGAUUUUGUCAUUACUUUAUUAUUUCAUUUAUGGUUAUAAGAUUUAUAAAGGGCCAAAAUCUAAUUUGGAUGAUAUUGAAUUCCUUGAUGGUACAAGUGUAGAUCUAGUGGUUGAAUUGUUCGAACAAAAAGAAUUAAGUAAAUAG